AUGACUUCCAACCACGACCACAAGUACGCAACGAACGACGCCCAUCUCGGUGCGACUACGGCUCGGGACGCGGAGACUCUAUCAGCUGGAUCCACUGCGAGGAACGAGUCGACGACAAGAAUGAUGGAUAACCCCAACGCUUUGGAGAAGGACUUCUCUCGGCAAGAUGCUUACGGCAAUGGAUAUGGCGGACACGCACACCUCGAUGCUUCGGCCGAUUCUGGUACCGCGCUGCAUCAAAUUCGAACAGCAGGCAGCAUCUCCAUCUCGCCAGAGCUUUUCGAGAAGCUAUACCUGUCACCUCCGAACAAGGUAAAGGGAGAUCUGCGCAAGACGUUCGGUAACCCAACACCUCUCGCUUUGAUCGGUUUCUUGUUGUCGCUGCAUCCGUUGAGCAUGACCCUUAUGGGAUGGCGAGGCGCUGGUGGGAGUGGAUCUGCAAGCAUCGGGUGGUAUUACUUCUGCGGUGGUCUGCUCAUGAUCCUCGGUGGCCUCGGUGAAUGGAUUCUCGGCAACACCUUCCCCUUCGUUGUUUUCUGCUCUUUCGGUGCCUUCUGGCUCGGUUUCGCCGCAACUCUCCAACCUUUCUACAACUCAUACGCCGCAUACGCAGAUCCAAGCGUCGAAGGCAGCACAGGUCUCGAGUCUGUGGGCUUCAAUGUCGGUCUUGCAUACUUCCUCGUCAUGAUGGGCAUUCUAUGCCUCGUCUACCUCGUCUGCUCCAUCCGCACGAACCUGAUCUUCUUCCUUAUCUUCUUCACCCUUGUACCCGCCUUUGGUCUCCUUGCCGGAAGCUACUUCCAGCUUGCCAAUGGCCAAGCUGCUCUUGCUGUCAAGCUCGCUGAAGCUGCGGGAGCUUUCACCUUCGUCACGUGUAUGUGCGGAUGGUACAUCUUCUUCGCCAUUAUGCUGGCUAGUGUCGACUUCCCAUUCGAUCUACCUCUUGUCGAUCUAUCUAGUGUGGUGAAGGGCGCCAGCGAGAAGCGCAAGAUUGACCACAUGGAGUAG